CAAAUGUAAAAUUAAAAUGGCCGAUCGGACAGCUUAACCUAACAGCCGCGUUGUUGAAUUUCUGACGUUAUACUAUUUCGGUUUCAUCAUUUAAAACAAAGUCUAAUUUUGCAAAUUAUACAAAUUCUGUUUUUUUAAUUACCUGAAAACCUAGAAACAACAAAAUGCCACGAGGAAAAUUCGUUAAUCACAAGGGACGCAAUCGUCAUUUCACGAAUCCUGAGGAAUUAGAGGAGCAGCGUCGACAGGACGAGGAACGACGACAAUGGAGAAAAAAUAAAGGAAACGAUUCGUCCAGUGAGGAGGAAGAGGAAGAUCCAAAGGCAACGGGUAAAGAUAAAUCAAAGAAAACAACCACUUCGGAUUCGGAAAGCGAAAGUGAAUCAGAAUCUGAAUCGGAGACAGAGGGUAAAGCGAAGGGUGUAGAGAAUUUAAUUCAAGUGGAAAAUCCCAAUAGGUUACAAAAAAAAACCAAGAAAUUAUCUCAAUUGAAUGAAAGUUUAGCUUCGGCAUCAAAACCGGAACUCUCUAGACGAGAAAGAGAACAAUUAGAAAAACAAAGAGCCCAGGCAAAUUAUCAAAAAUUGCAUGCAGCGGGUAAAACCGACGAGGCGCGUGCAGAUUUAGCUCGUUUAGCAAUAAUAAAGCAACAGAGAGAGGAAGCUGCAAAACGACGUGACGAUGAGAAAAAACAGAAAGAAUUGGCUAUUAAACAAAAAUCGGAACUCACACAAAAAGCACUUGGCAAAAGAACCUAGGAUUUGUUUAUUUCUUUUCUGCAUCAACAACAACAAAAAAAAAAAAAAAAAAAAAAAACAAA